CAAGACUCUGCCUUGCCUUCAUCGCCAACGACGUCGACGCCGUCGCCGCGCUGUCCGCUCUCCCAACCAUUAAUCCUCUCUACCCCCUCAAUACUCCCUCGUCAACAUGAUUCUCGUCCAGAAACAACCGCAGGCGCUGCUGCCAACAAUGUCGAACAUUGCUCAUUCGCACCGACGACACCCCUCAGCGCCUCCGGCCGUGAUCGUCCAGCCGACAAAGACUCCAGGUCUUCUUAGUCUGUCGAAGCCUGCGCGUCCUUCGACACCCAGAUCGCACGUCCAACCGUCGCGACAACAACGAGCGGCGCCGCGGGCGAAGGCGACUCUUAGCCAGGCUCAGCGGUCGCCUGCGCAGGCCAAGCAUCAACCAAAGGACGACGAUAAGAAGCCCGCUGGACUGGUCAAGCCCGCGUCAGACGCUGUGGCGGCGCCCAACGCGCAGUUCAAAGCCGCAGCCUUACAGACGCCCGACAAGAACAGCAGGGGUCGCUCUCAUGCCAAACCCCCAAAAGAUAAAGGCUCUCGAAGUGACCGAUAUGAUUUCAUUUCGGCGCUCUCUCCCGGUCGAUGCGUUAAUAGGAGCGCCUCCCAAUCUACCGUCCGUAACUCCGCGCGGCGUCAGAACCAGACCCACCACCACCAACCAUCCCCUCCCGCUCCCGACGUAAUACCCUCGCAGGCAGAGGUCGCCCAACUUUCAGGUCUUCCCUCCUUACCCAAGGCCAAUGUAAAUUCGUUCGACCCCUUUCUUGCUUCUGAUGACUCGGACACCGCUGGCUCUGAGUCGAUCACUCCGUCCGCUCGUUCUGUUACGCCUGCGAAGCAAGCUGGUGCUCCUCGCAUCCCUAAGUUAAACGAGCGCCCUUCUGGACGACUCGCCCGUCGCCGCGUCCCUGCUGGCCGCGCGGAGUCUCCCACGCCCUCCAAGGCGAAGGUGAAGGCUGUGCCCGUGCCUCGAGCUGGUACUCCUCUGAAGUCGGAGAGGGAGUCUGCUGCCAUGCAGCUCUCUCGCUCUGACCCUGUCCUCUCCAACAUGAUUGAGAGGCCCGCCGCCAAGCGCUUUGCCACAGCGUCGUCCUUGUCUAGCUCGUCAUCCGGCCUUCCGGAAUGGGAUUCCUUCCCCGUGUGCGACGAUACUGAUAACGCAAGCGACAGUACCACCGCGCCCUCUACCCCAAUCCGUGAGGCGGCGACUUGGCAGCAGCUGGCGCUUGCCGAUGAAGGUCCUCGCACUGCUCCUCUUAACUCGGCUAGCGGAUGGCCUUUCAAUGAUGUCUUCAAGGUCGACUUGCCCUUCACCCCUCCGAGGCGUCAGCGGCCAAGGUAUCAUCAGCGUGCCCCCAGCGAGGGUGUGUUCCACAUGUCCUCUGACGACGAGGCGCCUUCCACGGCCCAGCUCGCGUCUAAGAGCAUGAGCAGCUUGCUCAAGCGCCAGUCUUUGCCCACCCAUAAGGCGGGCCCCAAGCGUAACUUCUGGCAGCAGGAAGAGGAGAAGGCACCCUUCUUCGCGAGUUCUAUGUUCCAGAACUCGCCCAGCCCAGAGGAUCUCCCUGCUCCGACCUUCGGUGCUCGGUUCUAA